AUGACUGAUCACGCGAUGGGGGUGUGGCUUGGUGUCAGGGCGAGACCUCGCAACGUUCACACGCUCAGCUGGUCCACGCCGCGACAGGAUGAGCUGGAAAACAAAUACCUCGUCACCUUGGCCUCACUAGAAGUUGUGCAGUCACCCGCUCUGCCAACGCUGGCAUUGAAUACCCUCCUCCUCCUCCUCCCUCACCCUUCGCGCUCCCAAUCAGCCAAGCCGCUUUACCCCGACGACGUCUGUCUGCAGACUGCAGCGCACACUCGCACGCAUGCAACGUUUAAUCCGUACGUGACAAAAUGCUUAGACCUCGAGAUCGAAAUGCCUCUCCACGAGCCGCGCUGGGGAUCAGAUAAUUGA